CAACCUACAUCACUUCUCACUUCCCUCCUUUCUCUCUCUCACUCACUUUGCAAAGAAGAGUUAUAGCCAACAUGACAACCACACUCUCUUUGCUUUUCUUCUUCUUCUUCUUCUUUCUCCUCACUCCUAUCCUCAUUUUCUCUUCACCAGUUCAAAACCCUGAAGAGGUUGUUCAAGAGGUCAACAGGAAAAUCAACGCCUCCAUAGCUAGGCCUAGGAGGAGCUUGGGCUACCUUUCAUGCGGCAGCGGCAACCCCAUUGAUGACUGUUGGCGGUGCGACCCGAAUUGGGAGCAGAACCGGCAAAGGCUAGCGGACUGCGCAAUCGGGUUCGGAAAGAACGCCAUCGGCGGAAGGGACGGGAAGAUCUACGUGGUUGACGACGCCGGCGACGACGACCCGGUGAACCCGAAGCCAGGGACACUCCGCCACGCCGUGAUCCAAGACGAGCCACUCUGGAUCAUCUUCGCGCGCGACAUGGUGAUCCAGCUAAAGGAGGAGCUUCUGAUGAACUCCUUCAAGACAAUCGACGGCCGCGGCGCCAGCGUGCACAUCGCCGGCGGCCCCUGCAUCACCGUGCAGUACGUGACGAACAUCAUCAUCCACGGCAUCCACGUGCACGACUGCAAGCAGGGAGGGAACGCCAUGGUGCGCGCCUCCCCACGGCACUACGGGUGGAGAACCGUGUCGGACGGCGACGGUGUGUCCAUCUUCGGAGGAAGCCACGUGUGGGUCGACCAUUGCUCCUUGUCGAACUGCAACGACGGGUUGAUCGACGCCAUCCAUGGGUCCACCGCCAUCACCAUCUCCAACAAUUACAUGACGCAUCAUGACAAGGUCAUGCUCUUAGGUCACAGUGACUCCUACACUCAGGACAAGGACAUGCAAGUCACUAUUGCUUUCAACCACUUCGGUGAAGGUCUUGUUCAAAGGAUGCCAAGGUGUAGGCUUGGGUAUUUCCAUGUUGUGAACAAUGAUUAUACUCACUGGGAAAUGUAUGCCAUUGGAGGGAGUGCUAAUCCAACCAUCAACAGCCAAGGCAACAGAUUUGUUGCACCAGAUGACAGAUUUAGCAAAGAGGUGACAAAACGUGAAGAUGCGGCAGAGAGUGAAUGGCAGAGUUGGAAUUGGAGAUCAGAAGGGGAUUUGUUAGUAAAUGGUGCAUUUUUUACUGCUUCUGGUGCUGGAGCUUCCUCAAGUUAUGCAAGGGCUUCAAGCCUAAGUGCGAGACCAUCUUCACUUGUUGGUUCCAUUACAACAGGUGCUGGUGCACUCACCUGCAAGAAAGGUUCUCCUUGCUGAUAAUGACUCAUCCCAUUCAGUCCAAAAAGGAAAAAUUAAACAAGAUAUAUACGUAUAUGUCCCAAAAAAAAAAAAAAAAAGAGAAAAAGGGCUAGUAUAUGGUGGUGGAUCUCUAGCUUUUAUUCACUUUUCCUUGGAUUUCCAUAUAUCUCCACUAUUUUCGCCCUUUUGUGGGGGCUUCUUAGAUUGUUUUGUUUUUUUCUCUUCUUUUUUUAGUUUUAAUGAGUUCCUCAUGAUUACAACCUCCACCUGUUAUUCACUCUCUGAGAACCAGGUCAGUUGAAGAAUCUGGACGUAUUCUGAGAGGGAAACAAGUGAAGAAGAGUUGAUAUAUUAUCAUUAUUCUGUUAUAAUACAAAGUUUUGCCUAGGUUUUAUAUAGGCUUUUAUACUA